AUGGCGGGGAGGGUGCCGCCCCCGCGCGGCUCCAUGCCGCAUGUCUGCUUCGCGGUUACGCUCCUGAUACUCGUCGCCGACACAGUAACAUCUCGUCGUCCCGAGCCCUAUUUCGGCCGCAUGAUUGGUCGGCUCACACAGUAUGCGCACGGUAUCAGAGGCACCGUGUACGCUGUGGACGAGAGUACAAUCUUUGUGCGCGGGUUCGCGUACGACGGGACUGGUCCUGAUGCGUAUUUCUGGGUGGGGGACACUCCUCAACCAAGCCCUGAGGGUAUACUCGUCCCCUACCCUGAGGAUUAUACUACAAGGGACCCCCCGAUACUGUCGGCGCACAGUAACACAGACAUACUGCUGAAGCUGCCCGGAGGCAAGCGCCUGAGGGACAUCAAGUGGAUCAGUGUCUGGUGCCGGAGAUUCACUGUGAACUUCGGUGACGUAUUCAUACCUCCGGUUCUGGACCCUCCCCGGCCUCGUGUUCUGCCAGAGUUCAAACGUCUGGCUCAUGGCCUAAGAUCUGGCAAUAUUAGUGUGCUGGACGCUAAAACCUUCUACAUACCCAACCUGCACUAUGAUGGAGCAGGUCCCGACGCCUACUUCUGGGUCGGCAAUGGAUCCGAACCAAAUCCUUUUGGAACUAAGGUCCCCAACGAGAUGGGAUCCCUUCAUCCCCUACGUGGCUACCAGGGCGAAGACAUAGAGAUCCAGCUGCCAGGCAAGCUGACGGCAUAUGAUAUAGACUGGCUGGCGGUCUGGUGUGUUGAGUAUCGCCAUAACUUCGGCCACGUCUACAUACCGAAGGACCUGGACGUGCCGCCGGCUCUAGGACAGACCAAAAUUACUCCCGCUUGGUGGUAUAACCCUACGAGUUCAACGACCUCUCAGUCACCAUUCAGUGCCACGAACAACUGCAAGGAGAUCCUCGACAAGAGAUUACAAGUGCGCUGGGAGAUACAGGGUGACCAAGUCCAGAUAACCCUUUCUGCUCGGCUCCGCAAGGAACAGUAUAUGGCGUUCGGUAUCUCUGGAGCUGAAGGUAGACCUGCCAUGCUGGGAGCCGACGUCGUCGUCGCUUACUGGGACACCAGGGUGAACCAGCCUCGUGUAGCAGACUAUUCAAUCAGCCACCUGGCGCAGUGUGACGGAGAGCGCGGCGUCUGUCCCGACCAGAGGAUCGGCGGGACCAACGAUGUGCAACUUGUAUCAGGCAACCAAAAGAACGGUAUAACAACGAUCACGUACCGCCGUCCCCUCGCCGCCAAGGAGUCUGUCAGGGACAAGGAGAUCCUCACGUCCAGGUCGCAGUCAGUCAUCGCGGCCUUCGGACCUCUCAACUCCAGAUACGAAGCCAAUGCCCACUCCUUCAUGGACACCACCAGGAACGACGUGCAACUGGACUUCGGAGCUCAGAACGAGAACACAUGCAUCGGUCUAGCAGAGACGGACUCGUCGGGCCCGGCGCCCUGGCCGGCGCGCGUCAUCUCCGGCGUCACCAACUUCACCGCGCGGAUCGGACCCGCCGCCGGGGCCAGGGGGUACUCGGCACUCACAGACAAUGAUAUUAGUAACGGAUUCCUUCCAUAUGGUCACCCAUCAUGGGGCAUAGCUUGGUACAUCAACGACCAACUCAUCCCCGAGCUAUACGUGGAGCGAGGCAAGACUUACACCUUCCUUGUCGAGGGAGGAGACGACCGCACCAACCCGGCCAAAUUCCACCCAUUCUACAUCAGCGAUUCCUCGGAAGGAGGUUUCGGACAGAAGAAAGAGGAAGACCAAAGGAAGCAACGCGUGUUUGCUGGAGUCGCGUACGAUAACGAGGGGUACCCGUACCCUACUGCUGUGGGUCGUUACUGCGAGUGGACUCAUAAGACUAUCGACCAGUCGGCCGCCUCCGAGACGUUCGAAGAUUACAUGAAGACAGUGCAACUGGAGUGUAAUGAUGGAGAGCCUGCCGUGCUCAACUGGACAGUGGCGCACGAGACUCCUGACCUCGUCUACUAUCAGUGCUACACGCACAACAACCUGGGCUGGAAGAUCCACGUGGUAGACCCGGGCACGCCGGUGCCGGUGGCGGGCGAGAAGCACGCGCGCAUCAACGGCGGCUCGCUGUCGGCCGCGGCCAGCGCGCUGGCCCCGCUCGCCGUCGCCGCCGCCAGCCAUCUCGCCAACAGGCUCAGGUAA